AUGCCGCCGCCGAGCUCCGCCUCGCACGGGCUCCCGAGCGAGAUUCUCGAGAUGCUUGGCCGGGUGCAAGACCAGGCCAUGAUCUUCUCCUUCACCGUGGACGAAAAUAACGAGAACGCUCGCUUUCCUUACGCCUCGCCGGGAGCGCAGGCCGUUUACGGCGUGUCUGCUGAGGAGGUGAUGAGUGACGCUAUGGAGCUCGUCGGAAGGAUCCACGACGAUGACCAGCGUAGCUACUUUUCUUCCGUGGAGGAGUCUUGGAAGCAGCUAUCCGAGUGGAACUUCACGUGGCGCUCUCGCUUCCCCGGCUACCCGAAUAACUACAAGUGGCUCAAGGCCAGCUCAAUGCCAAAGCGGCUUCCCAACGGGCACACCAUCUGGUAUGGCGCGGUGUAUGACGCGGACGCCGAAACGAGGCUUGGGGACUCGGAGAAGCGGCAGACCGAGUCGGCCGCUUCCAACCGUCUUUUGCAGUCGGAGAAUGACUCCAUCUCCAACAAGCGCGUGUACGAGUCCUCCAAGUCGUUCGGCGAGUAUUUCCAGCUCGGCGGCGAGAAGCGCUUCCUCGACACCGUCGAUGACGGGGCGGUCCUGCGGGAGCUGCUGGCGGCGGCGCGGCACGAGAUGCAGCCGAUACGCGACCUGGCCGUCUUCAAGCCGACGCACAGCAGCAACGAGCGGACGCUGCGCUGCCGUGCGGUCGAUCUCUCCGGCGUCGAGGGCUUCACGAGCGUGCUCGUGGCGGAGAAGGACCGGCAGGUUGCGGCCAAGCUGCAGCACGAGGACAAGAACUUGCACAAGUCGCACGAAUUCCAGAGCCCCGAGCUCAAGAAGGUGUGGCUCGACCUUGAGGCGGUGCGCGAGCACUCGUUCGAGGCGAUACGGCAGGCCAAGGCCACGCUGGCCACGAUGCAGACCCGCUCGAAGCGCGCGCAGGAGGACGCGCACUUGCGCAUCAUGAUCUUCCAGAUGGCCGCGCAGGAGUACGUGCCGCUCUCCUUGCCGGUCGACGUCGUCGCGAGCGUGGUAGCUGAGUUUGGCGCCGACGCGGGCGUGUGCGUGCAGCUCGACUGGCACCUGCUGCGGUACGCGCUCGAGAAUGCCGUCUCCAACGCGCGCAAGUACGGCACCGACAUGGAGAUCGAGCUCGCCAUCGAGUACCACGAGCCCACCCUCGUCAUGCAGGUCUCCAACGCGGCCGACCCGCAAAAGCAGGCGCAGCUGAUCGCGCGGCAUGGCACCAACGCGACGCGGCUGCUGCACCACCGCGGUAACACGGGCGGCGCGCACAGCACCAACCUCGGCGGCCAGGCGAUGCGCGACGUGGCGCGGCUGCUCCGCGGCUCUGUCUCGCUGCAGCUGCUGCCGGCGGCCUCUCGGCUACACCUCGAAGCGACCCAGCCGCUGCUCGUCUACUUCAUCGACGACGAGCCGACGAUGCGGAUGGUGUACGGCAGCUGGGUGCGAUCGCCAUCUCCGCUCCACCCCGACUCGAAGGUCUUCCCGCCGCCGGACUUGCCGGCGGCGGAGACGGACGAGGCGAUGCGCGGCUUCGCGGGGCACGUGCUCGCGGCGCGGCCGCGGCCGAGCUGCGUGGUGCUCGACCAGAACUUGCGCAGCCAGGUGAUGCGACGCGAGAACGCCACGACCGGCACCGAGAUUGCGACCGCGCUGCGCGCCGGCGGCUACAAGGGGUCGAUCGUCAUCCGCUCGGCCAACGUCUCUCAGAAGGUGAUCAACGAGUACCUCAGCGCGGGCGCGAGCGCCGUCAUGCAGAAGGACGAGCCGCGGGAGAGGCUCGUGCAGCUGAUCGUCGAGGCGGGCGGCGCGCUGCCGAAGGAGUUCGCGUCCGACUCGGAGCAGGAGGCGGGCCUGCUGGUCGGCGAACACGAGGGCAUCUGGGGCUCGGUCUCCGACGCGGAGGAGCGCGCCGCCAUCCUCUCCGAGUUUCGGCGCGGCGUGCGGCGGACGCUCGACGAUCUGCUCGCGCUGCUUGACGCGCGGGACGUGGGCGCGCUGCCCGACGAGCUGCACCACUUGCUCGGCCAGUGCCGCGCCGUGGGUGCGCGGCGCAUCCAGCUCGCCGUCGGCAAGUGCAAGUCCGCGUUCGACUACGGCAAGCUGGUCGGGCUCGAGGAGCUGCUCGCGGAGACGUUUGAGGCGAUGGACGCGCGGUGCGGCGGCGAGCCGCUCGAGUCGACCGCGGCGCAGUGCUCGCAUGCAAAGCAGCUGGCCGAUCGGCUGGCGCCCCUGGUCGGCGGGCCGCCCGACAAGUCUCCGCCCUCGGCCACUCCUUCCAAGCACUCCUCGGUGCUGCCGCCGUCGCAGCCGCUGCAGAGGCCGCAGCGCGACAACACGGAUGCGCUGCCGCUCGUCAACUGGGAGAUUGCGCGCGCGCUGGGCGACGCGCUCAACGCGGCCUGCGUCGAGUGCGAGUCGACCCUCGAGAAGCUACAUAAGGCGCUGGUCUCGUGCGGCGAGCAGUGCGAGCUGCUGCUGCGAUCGCUCGUCGGCUGCUGCGAGCAGAUCGGCGCCACGCGCAUGGCACGGCUCGUCGUCGACUUCGAGUCGCGCCAUACCGAAUUCGGGCCGCUGCAGCUCGACGCGCUGAGGACGCUCCACGCGGAGACCCUGUCGGCGCUGAGCGCGCCGGAGGGUCUCCUCGCGGCCAGCGCCUCCGCCUUGCGCGGUACGACCCUGUCGGAGCUGAGCGCGCCGGAGGGUCUCCUCGCGGCCGGCGCCUCCGCCUUGCGCGGUACGAGUCCGCCACGGACAAGCCGUCUGAAGCCCGCGGAGGAGGGGCUCUUCGUUGCCGUCGUCGACGACUCCGCCUUCUCGCGCAAGAUCUUCGAGGCCACGCUGCUUCCGGCGCUGGGCGCUGACGCGCAGCGCAGCAAGGCGAUCGGCGGGACAAAGGAGGAGCAGGUCGGUUUCAUCAGCUUUGCGCUCGGCCUCGUCGACGCGUCGCUGCACGACUUGCCGCCGCCGCACAGGCAGGCGGAUGUGGUCCUCAUCGACGAGAACCUCGCCUUGGACGGCGAGGUGCACCUUUCUGGCUCGUACGUCUUGGCGCGGCUCCGAGAGCAGGGGUACGUUGGAGUGGCGUGCCUUGCGAGCAGCUGCGACCGCGAGCAGCUUAAGCGCCUGAUGGCGGUGCCGGGCGUGGACCUGGUCUCUCCCAAGCCGUUCCACGCCUCUGCGCUCGCGGCGGCGCUGCUCAAGGCGCACGAGGUCAAGCAGCUGGUGACGAGCGCUCACGCUACGCAGGAGAAGCGUGCGCCGUUCGCCGAGAAGCUGGUCAGCCUCACCCACUUGGAAGGGCUGCCGCACUCGUCCAUCCGCAGCCUGAUGGACGUGGCCUACAACAACGCGACCGAGCCCUCCUCCCACAGCUCGGCGGGGAAGCGACCGAGGUUCCUGUCGGCCUCGUCCGUCUACGCCAAGUUGGCGCAGCUGGAGAAGCGCUUCCAGCAGAGCGAGAGCACCGACCAGGUCUGCCACAGCCUCAAGGGGGUGGCGAAGACCGCCGGCGCCUGCCGGCUGGCCAAGGAGGUGCAGGCCUUCUCCGCCAACCCCACCACCGCGGGCAUUGCCCAGAUGUGGUCCCUGCUGGACGCGACGCGGAGCAAGCUACUGGCUACUGGGUAUCUCUCGCUGCCAUCCGACCCGGUAUCGCCCACGCUGCCGCACAUUGCUCACAGGUGGAAGAAGAACCAUUCAAGCUUUAGCGCUUAGGGGCCCGGUGGUGUGGGAGCGGCGGUUACAGGGGCGCCCGCAUGUGUGUUAAGUAGUAGAGUGACAGGCGCAUGUGUGUAUGUGUGUCUAGUAGUACUGUACUCUAGUUAAGUACUGUUGAGUUGUCGUAUGUCGACUUGUGUCUUGUGUGUCCAGAUGUACGGCUUUUUAGUAAAGGCUUCCGAGCGGUUCCGUACCGCGUGU